CACCAAUCAGCUCUAGGAACACGUGGAGUAAUUGUAGAACCGCUGUGUUGGAAUCAAUGAGGUGCGACAGGAAACAGGAAGAAUAUUCCACUGGUAAACAUGCCGGCGGUGCCGCUUCUUCUCAAUGUGGCCGGUUCCGUUUUAGGUGGUUUGGCCACAGCCACCCUUAUUCCGGCUUUUAAGGAGCACUUUAUCGCAGCCCGUUUAUACGGCACCGAUAUGAACAAGAUGACCAAGGAGCCGGUCCCGGAGUCUCAAGGUGUUAUCAGUGGGGCAGUUUUUCUUCUCAUACUGUUCUUCUUCAUUCCUGUACCCUUCCUCAGCUGUUUUGUGGAAGAGCAAUGCAAAGAGUUUCCACAUCAUGAGUUUGUAGCACUUAUUGGUUCCUUACUUGCCAUCUGCUGUAUGAUCUUUCUGGGUUUCGCUGAUGAUGUUUUGAACCUUCGCUGGCGCCACAAAUUGCUACUCCCCACUGCAGCCUCAUUGCCACUUCUUAUGGUCUACUUUACCACAUUUGGAAACACCACAAUUGUAGUACCUAAACCAUUUAGGCCACUUCUGGGACUUCAUGUUGAUUUAGGUAUCCUGUACUACGUGUACAUGGGCAUGCUGGCUGUGUUUUGUACAAAUGCCAUCAAUAUCCUGGCAGGAAUAAAUGGGCUAGAGGCCGGCCAGUCUUUGGUCAUAGCUGGCUCUAUCAUUCUCUUCAAUAUUGCAGAGCUGAAUGGAGAUUUCCACGAUGACCACCUCUUCUCACUUUACUUCCUCAUUCCAUUUUUCUUUACCACAUUAGGCCUACUAUAUCAUAACUGGUACCCAUCUCGUGUGUUUGUUGGUGACACAUUUUGUUACUUUGCUGGAAUGACAUUCGCCGUGGUUGGGAUCGUUGGACACUUCAGCAAAACAAUGUUGCUGUUUUUCAUCCCACAGGUGUUAAACUUCCUGUAUUCUCUGCCACAGCUUCUGCAUAUCAUCCCUUGCCCACGGCAUCGUCUGCCAAGAUUGGAUCCAACCAAUGGUAAAUUGGGUAUGAGUUACUCCAAGUUCAAGAGCAAAGAACUGUCCAAGCUGGGUGAUUUAAUAAUAAAGGUUGGAGAGGUUUUAUAUGUCUUGGAUGUCAAGCGGGCACAGGGAGAGGAUGGACAGUAUGUGGAAGUAAACAACAUGACACUCAUAAACUUUGUGCUGAAACUUACUGGACCAAUGCACGAAAGGAACCUAACUGUGCUGCUGCUUUUUAUCCAGGUUCUUGGCAGUUGUGCUGCCUUUCUUGUUCGCUAUCAGUUGGUUCGUCUUUUCUACGAUGUAUGAAACUUUAUACAGCUUUUGUGGAUUUAAGUUACCAAUGGAGCCCUGCAGCCUCCUGUGCUGUGAAUUUAUCUUUGCUGGUAACAUCACAAGUAGAGGGUGGACGCCUGACUGUGCCUGUGCUGCUAUGAAAAAAAGUACAUUGUGUGUACCAAUGGUCCUUUAUAAAAGUAAUCACUUAUGUGCUCCACAGUUCCCAUCUCCCUGCCACUGAGCAGUGACUAUGAAGGAGCCUUUAUUGGUGAAAAACAAUCAAAUUGAAUCAAAUCAUGAAGUUCAUUAACACUGUUGAACUUAUUUUAUUUUGAAUUGUAUUUUAUUUUAAGUUUUUAUUUGUGGACAUUCUGAAUUUGUCUCUUAUUGAGAUCCUGCUUGCUCAAACUGCAUGGGAACUGUUAAAAAAAACAUUUUUGUCAGCAAUGUGAGGGUUUUUUUUAAGACUUAAUGAAAAAGGCAGGACUAAGCAUAUUUAGUGAGUCUGUUAUUAAUUUGUCAGGGGUGUAACUUCAGGGGCCUUGGCCCACUGCAAAUAAAAUGUUUCAGGCCCCCCCCCCCCCACUCUCGCCUCUUCUUGCAGAUGCCCUAAGGUUGUGGGGUCUGCACCCUUUAUAGUUACACCACUGAUUCAUGUCCCUCUACCAGUAGUAUAUAUAGCAUUGCUAAUAGCAGAAAGGAAUUCUGUUAUGACCCAAUGCUGAUAUCUCUUUAUCAUCCCAAGUGGCACGGUUUUGCUGCAUACAUGAAGAAAAACUGCUGGGGUUCAUUUGUGAAGCUUUAAAGGGAAUAUUUCACCUUCAGAAAAUGUAUUGUUUUUUUAAAAACAUGACUUUUUUUUUAGUUACAUUCUAUCUUUUUCCUUACCAAUUUUCUAAAAUGUACAUUUUAUAUAUGAAUGAGUUUCAUAAUGAGUGUUUCCCAAUAGCAGCUCAGUAACCCAGAUUGCUAGCUUUCAAGUAAUAGCUGUCCUUUAUCUUAAAGAUGCGCUUUUGUAAAGCAUUAACAUAAAUAACUUACUGAGAUAAUAUAUAACUUACUGAGAUAAAUAAAAUAAAUUUAAUAAUAAGAGCAAUGUUUAUGCAAAUGUUGGGAGAGGAUUUUAUGGAAAUGCUGAUUUUUCCAAUUGUGGCUGGCGUUGCCCUGUCAUAGCAAACAGAUUCCUUUCACAGAUUUAACAAAACUCUUUUAGUGAGACUAACCCUCAUAUUAAAAGUCUUGUGUAAUAGUUUCCUCUUUAGGUUUACUUAUAUCUGCUACAGAGCUGCUGUUAUGAUUCUAUAUACACCCAAACACCAAAUUUACAUUCCCUGAUUUAUACUUGUCCCUGCAUUUUAAGCCAUAGUUUUGUCCCCAAAAACUCUGCCACUUGAAACACCCCAAUAAUUUUACUCAAAAUCUCUUACUAUUAUCUAUUUCUGUUACAGGUAUACGAUCUGUUAUCCAGAAUGCUUAGUGUUAGGGUUAUACCGAUUAUUAGGACCCCGGGCUCUCUUGUUAGUACACUGUCACGUGAUACGGAUCCGGGAACUUGCACAGAGAGACACAGACAAGUAGUGAAUCUCCUAACAAAUCCAGUUUAUUGAUGGUUUUGCCACAGAUUAUAUACAUGUAGAUAAGAUAUUCCAUUAUGCUUACGUAACAUGGGUGGGCACAUAUGCCUUGCAGUUAUUAGCAGAAAACAGGAAUUCAUUUAGAGUAGCUGCUGAAGCUUAUUUUGGUUUGUUAGCGUUGAGCAUUUGCUGAGAUCAUCAAGGACAAAAUAACUUGGACAGACACAGGAUGGUCAAGGUAAUCAUAACAACUGAAGUAGCGCAUACACAGACCUUCUUAGAAUUGUGCAUACAUAUGUUAACCCUUCACUUAGGACCCUGGGUUUUCCGAAUAAGAACUAUUUCUAUAAUUUGGAUCACAGUAACCAGUAACUUAAGUCUGUUUAAAAAUAUAUAUGAAUAAAAAUUUUUUUUUACAUUAGAUAUAAACCCAAUUUGGGUUAUUUUGCAAUCAAUAUAGAUUUAUGCAGCUUAGUUACCAUCAAGUACAAUUUAGUAUUUUAUUAUUAAGGCUAAGGUCCCAGGCAGAGAUUAGUCACCCGCAAUAGAUCUCUGCUACUGCAGGCGACUAAUCUUUUCUAAAUCACAUCAGUUUUCUGAAGUUGCCUACAGGAGGAACCUUUGUGCAACUUUGGAAAAUUGAAUCGAUGCAAAGGUCUUUUCACCAGCGUUCCUCUUUGUUGCCGCAUUUAGGAGAGAUUAGUCGCAGAGAUCUAUCACUAAAAUAUCACAUUGUGACAGUAUUGAAAUCUUACUGAGCUGCUACUAGGAUUAUUCUAUUUACAUUCGCUGGCUUUUGAAGGAAAAAGAGAUCUAACAAAAUUAAUUAGUUAUAUGUAAGUCAACAAUAAGGUAGGUCCGUCUGGCUUUUUCUCUGCCGCUGCACACCCACACCACACAAAAGCAAAGGGGACUUUAUUCACAUACUGGUACUUGUACAAUCACUAGCCAAAGUGCACAUGGCUGCUGGCUCAUUUAAUGACUCUCUUUGCGCCACUUCCUCAGAACCUCUUUUCUGCUGAAAGGAAGUGCUGCAAAUAUAAGCAACAGCUGUGUGCGCUUUGCUUGUGAUGCUUAUGCUUUUUAACUGUUUACUUAUGUGUGAUGUGGGCAUGCAACAGAGAAGGAAAAGUUUUGUUUAAACAAAGCUGGCCAUGCAUUAGAAUAUCGACCUCACCAAUCAAGCAAAUCUUUCCCUGAUAUGCACACCUUGAGGUGGGUGAUAUCAGGGUGAUCCGAUUGAGUGCUUUAUACACAGGCAGAUAAGCUUGUAAUAUAGACUGAAGGGGCGAACAUGUAUGGCCACCUUUACCCAUAUCUCAAACUGCACCCAAAGAGUGCAGGUAUAUUUUGGCUACCUCACCUUUUGUUCAGACCAGUGCAGGGAAGCUUAUAAAUGUCUCAAAAAUACUGUGCCCAUAUUUGCUCAGGAUUGUAGAUAAUUCAGUUAAAAAGCAGCUGCAGGUAAAUAUUAAGUUUCAACUAUACCCUAUAGUGAGGCUGUUACUGUAGCUGUCAACUAACUGCAACUGCAAAAACUAAAUGGGAGAUCAUGUUAUAUGUUGUCACACCAGCAAAUAGUAUCCUAUAUGUUGGAUGUAGGUGCCUAUAUAUUAAAAUCUAAUCUGUAAACUACUGUAUAUGAACUGUUUGCCAUCUGAGACAAAAUCCUGUUGCAUGAUCCUGCGAGUCUGACCCACAAAAUAUGAAAAAAAUGCCCCAUGUGAUUCUACCCUAAUGUUUGGCUAUCAAAAUCCACAAAAUUGUAGUGUAUUGUAUAUAAAUUUGUACAAAUACUGUAAAUGUUUCUAAUAUGCGGUAUUUAAUGUUGUAGUAAUCUGCUGCCUACACUUUUUUUUUUUUAUAUAAAUCUUUUUCUGGUAAAAACACUUUCAUGCUGAUUGGUGGUUGGCAAGUCCAAUGACUAAUAAAUACCUGUGUCAGUUUGUUA